AUGGGCUCGGACGCAUCCUUCCCUCGAUGGGGUAUCUGCUCCCUCCAUGGCCUCAACAUUGAGGUCCGGGCGGGGCUGGACAAAGACGGUCUCCCCGGUGGCGGCAGCGGCAUUAGAAUCCAUUCGCAUUUUUGGGGCGAGGGCCCAGUGGCCGAUGCCGAGCAUGGUUUUCCCGUUUACACGGGCUACUCCGAGGCAAGGGCCUUGAUCGGCGAGGGAGCCACAGCGGAUCUGACAAGGCUGUCCCGCCAGGCCCAAGGCAUGGUGGCGAAGAUGUUUGCUAGCAUCACCGUUGGCGGGGACGGAGAUGAGGAAGCACCGGCGCCGGCACAGCCCAGGGCAGUGCAGCUGCGGCUAUCGCCGGAGCUUGCGCUGUGGAAAAGCACCCAACACGCAAUCGGCAACGUGCUUCCCCCUAAGGGCAAGGCGCUGAGGCAAGCUUCGCCGCAAGUGCUCGCCCAGCUGGGCGCCACCGACUGGCCCGCGGCCCUGACCACCAACAACGCCCUGUUCGGCGGCUGUAUGUCCAACAUGCUCAUUGGCGCCACCGACGUGCGCACCAUGUUCUCCAACUAUGUCACUGACAUGGCCAUUAACUACGAGUACGGGUACAGCCACGUGUUCCCCACGCUCCACGGGCUGGUGCAGGAUGCGCUCGCCGACGCCCACGCGCUGGGCACCCCUUACGGCCGGGAGCGCCGUGAGGCUGUCGUGGUUGGCCUCCCGUACAUCCAGGACAAGAUCGCGCUGGAGGUGAUGCACAAGGCACGCCUCAAGGACCGCUCCGCGCAGAUGGAUCGCCCUGCCGCCCAGGUCAUCUACCUGUUCGACAGCAGCGUGCUCGGCAUUGCAGCCGAUGCCACGGCCCGGGGCUUUGACACCGGCGCCGCCAUGAUUGACCUCGUCUUGAGCAUCAACAGCCACGACGUCAUUGACGUGGGCUUCGACCUGGUCAAUUCCGAGAUCAUAAACUCGUUCCUCAACGUGGCCGACAUCGCCGCCUCAGGCGUCGUGAGCGAGCCGGCGCUCCGGGCCAUCUACGACGCAUACGCCGCCACGGGCGCACGGGCCUUCACCCAGAGGUGGCACGAGCCCUCAGCCCGGAUGGUCGACAAUGAAAUCGCGUGGCACAUCUGCAACGACCGGCACAUGCUCUUCCGCCGCGCCCUCCUGGGAUGGCCCAAGGCCCGCAAGUCGCCGGCGCGGCCCCAGCGCAAGGCGGACUUCGACGAGGUCUUUGACGCCGACUUCCACACCACCGGCUUCAGCAGGCCCCUGGACCCCGAGUACGCCUGCGACGGCGAGGAAACCUGCAAUCAUGUACGCCGGUUCCUCCGCCAGCGCCAGGACGAGGACCAGCAGCUGCUUGGCGCCCUCUGGUGGUCCCUGGUCAUCGGCCCGCUGGAGUACGUCCGGCAGGGCGAGGUGGACGAGCAGCACGAGGAGAACCUCGCCGAAUCCGUCCGCCUGCAGCUGAUCCAGCUCUUCUCCAAGGGUCUCGUCGACGAAAUGGCCUGGCUCCUCGCUCAUGCGAGCCACCACGCCUGGCAGGUGAACUACCUGUACGAGGCCGCCAUGUUCGGCAGCAUCCUGGACGGGGGCGCCUUGACAGGCAAGCUCGACCGGGCAGAGGAGGGGGAGGAAGUUGACCUCGGCUGAUCCUGGCGCGGCGCAUCGGAGGUUCUGGCCGGGUGCUCCAUGAUUUCUCGAAUGCAGAUUUUGUGAGCUUAUGCACCCGGGCCUCACUAUCCUAACACUCCAAUGUUACUUUGAGAUCUGUGCUACACAACUAUCUUAUUACAUGGAAUUUUCUCUUUUUUGUUCCUCUCAUAUAAAACAUGUCUUGAACUUCAAACUUUG